GGAGCUAGAGUGGUAGAGUGAGCGGGCGAGCGAGCUCGGUGCUUGGUGGAGGAGUUGGAGAUAGCGAGAGGGAGAGGGAGGGGGUGGCCGGCCGGCGCGCGCUAGUAGUAAUUGGGGCGAUAGAGACGCCGCAGCCUAGUGCCCUCGCUAUCCGUCCGUCCGUCCGUCCGUCUCCUACUGUUUUCCAAGGCGGGGAAGAGGAGAAGAAGCUCCCACCACAGCCCCCGCUCACCUGCUGCGUCAGAGAGAGAGAGAGAGAGAGAGAGAGAGAGAGAGAGAGAGAGUCGUAGCAUCAGCGCUAGUGGAGGAUUUUUAUUCUCCUUCCUUCCGUUCCCCCGGAUCGGCGGCGUAGGAUCCGCAGCCACUACCCCUCCUACUAGCUUCUAGCGGAACGCAUAGGCGGCGGCGAUUCCAGCCGGUGACAAUUUUUAAUCCCGAUCUCGCCGCGCGCGGGCGCGGAAUUCGCUGGGCAUAAGUGUGGCUUCGGGCCGGCGCUUCCCGUCCGACACCGGCGCCUUCGCGGACUGGGUCGCGUCCUCCGCCGCGGCCGCCGCCGCCGCGGGGGGCAGCAGGGGGGACGACCUCUCGCUCGGCUUCAAUGCCGGCGCCGCGGCGGCCGCGGCCGCGGCCGCCUCCGGCGCCGCGCUGGGGGCGGGGUUGUGGGGCCCGGCGUCGGCCUCCUCGUCCCCCGCCUCGCGCCAGGCGGCCCUGAACUACGGCAUGGCGGCCGGCGACGUGGGGAUGGUGGUGGUCGCCCCCGCCGCGUCGUUCCACCACACGCACCACCAUCACCACCACCACGACGCGGCCGCCGCGGCGGCUGCCUCCGACGCCAUCUUCCCGCUGCUCUCCGCGGGCCCCUGCGUGCUCGACCCCGAGGCGGCCAAGGCAGCCGCCGCCAGCGGCGGCAUCCAGUUCUGGCAGUCCGCGCAGCACCAUCAGCAGCAGCACUCGCCGUCGGGGGCGGGCGGCGGUGGCGGCAACCCUAACCCUAGCCUGGGCCCCUUCUACCUUAAGAAGCCCGUCCAGAUGCUCGACGCCGGCGGCGACGGGUCCUCCGGGUCGGGCACCACCACCUGCCAGGACUGCGGCAACCAGGCCAAGAAGGACUGCACCCACAGCCGGUGCCGCACCUGCUGCAAGAGCCGCGGCUUCGACUGCUCCACGCACGUCAAGAGCACCUGGGUCCCCGCCGCCCGCCGCCGCGAGCGCCAGCACCUCGGCGGCUCCGCCUCGUCCCCCGCCAACGCCUCCACCGCCGCCGGAUCGAAGAAGCCUCGCCUCCUCUCCUCCCAGCAGGCCACCACCUCGCACACCUCCACCUCCAACGCCACCACGCCGCGCAGCUACGACACCACCUCCAGCCAUCAAGACGCGUCGUUCAGGGGGAACCUGCCGCGGCAGGUGCGCGCGCCGGCGGUGUUCAGGUGCGUGCGCGUGACGUCCGUCGACGACGGCGAGGACGAGUACGCGUACCAGGCCACGGUGACCAUCAACGGCCACGUCUUCAAGGGCUUCCUCUACGACCAGGGCGUCGACGACGGCCGCGCUAGCAAUGACAUGGACUCGAGCACCGGCGGCGCCGUGCCCAACAUGUCCGAGCUCCACCUCGGGGGCGGCGGCGGCAAUGCCGCGAGGGGAGGUGGGGGGUCCUCCUCGAUGGCGCCCUCCGACAUGUACGGCGGCGGUGGCGCUGGAGGAGCAGGCGGAGGGGGAGGAGGCCAGCAGCACAUACUUGGCGGCGGGUCCAGCUAUGGUAACACCAUGAACUGAGCCGAGCUGCUAGAAGAGUAAGGUCACAUAGUAGAUCAUUACUACAGUACCAUUCUUUCCUUUCUUCUCUUCAUUGCUAGUAAGUACAAACCUGUCAACCCUCUCAUGGCCGGGGUGGAAUGCAAUGCAUGGUGUUCGCCAUUAAUUUGUUCAUGCUGUAUGACAUCAAGUGUUAAUCGUUCCUAGUCUAGUCCAGCCCAGUCCUCCUAGUAGCACCAGUUGCUUAAUUUUCUAGCAGUACUAAUGUACUCUUAGAGAAGAAUAAUUGUCAAUUAGGAAUGUUAAACAAGAUAAUGAAGAUCAAAUCAACAGUAGUACUUUGCACAAUGAA